UUUUGUUAUCUUGUUUUCUUUCCACUGCAUCUUUUUUCUUCAUCAAAAUUUUACUUGUCUUUUCUACUAUAAACAAUGGCUGAAAUCAUUCUUUCUUCCUUGCUCGAAAUUGUUUUUGAGAAGUUGCUCUCUGCAGCCACAAACAACGUUGCCCGCUCCAAAGAAAUUCAGUCCCGACUCAAGAAAUUGGAGACCUCAUUACCCCAGAUCGAAGCUCUGCUUAACGAUGCUGCUGAGAAGGAAAUACAAGAUAAAAGAGUUAAAGAUUGGCUUAAUCGUCUCCAGCAUCUGGCUUAUGACAUAGACGAUAUACUCGAUUCUUUGGCUACUGAUGCUAUCCACCGUGAGCUGACUCAAGAAUCCGAAGAAUCCGUGGUUAGAAAGGUAAGAAAGCUCUUCAAUACUACUUUCUCAUCAUCAUCAUCGACUACAGGGAUACAGUACAACAAGCUAAAUGAUAUCACCACCAAGUUGCAACAACUAUAUGAUGAAAAAAGUAAUCUUGGUUUGACUGUUAAAGAUAAAAGGUCCAAAAAUAUAAAUAGAAUUUACCAGACCUCUUUGUUUGAUUCACCUAAAAAUAUUGUUGGACGGGAAGUUGAAAAAGAGGUCAUUCUCCAGAAGCUAUUGGGUGAUGAGCCGUGUGAUCAAAACAGCUUUAGCAUCGUACCAAUAGUUGGUAUGGGUGGGAUUGGCAAAACCACUCUUGCUAGGCUUUUGUAUAACGAACCAAAAGUCAACCAACAUUUUGAACUCAAGGCCUGGGUUUGUGUCUCAGAUGAGUUUGAUAGUUUCAAAAUCAGCAACCUUAUCUUUGAAUCUGUAGCCGGUCAAGGGAAGAAAUUCGAAAAUCCAAAUCUGCUUCAAGAAGCCCUUAGAACUCAACUUACAGGGAAACGGUUUCUGUUAGUUUUGGAUGAUGUGUGGAGCGAAAAGAUUGAAGAUUGGGAUACCUUAGUGCCUCCAUUUCAUGCAGUGGCCCCUGGAAGUAAGAUUAUAAUCACAACUCGAAAGAAACAAUUGCUUCAACAGUUAGGAAAUGAUAACCCAUACCAUUUGAAUAAGCUAUCAAACCAAGAUGGUUUGUCUUUGUUUGCUCAGCAUUCACUGGGUGCAACUAACUUUGAUUCAUAUCCAACACUCAGAUCAUAUGCUGAGGGCAUCGUGCAAAAAUGUGAUGGCUUGCCUUUGGCUUUAAAAUCACUUGGAACUUCAUUGAAGACAAGAACAGAUGAAGAAGAUUGGAAGGAGUUGUUGAAUAGUAAGAUAUGGAAUUUAAAAAAUGAAGGCGGUGUUCUUCCUGCUCUUCGACUAAGCUACCAUGAGCUUUCUGCAUGUUUGAAACAUAUGUUUGCAUAUAGUUCCUUGUUUCCCAAAGAUUACGUGUUUGAGAAGGAGGACUUGAUUUUGUUGUGGAUGGCGGAGGGGUUUUUAGACAUAUCAACUAUAGGCGAGCCAAUGGAAAUGGAACGCUUGGGUGAGAGAUAUUUCGAUGAGUUGUUAUCAAAGUCGUUUUUUGAACAUGUAAAUAUUGAUAAAUCAUUGUUUGUGAUGCAUGACCUCAUGAAUGAUUUGGCAACAUCAGUUGCCGGAGAAUUUUUUGUAAGGUUAGACAUUAAAAGUAACGAUAAAAUUGAAGAGCAAAGUUUGAAAAGGUACCACCACAUGUCUUUUGUUCGUGAGCAAUUUAUGACCUGCAAAAAGUUCAAGGAAUUCGGAAGUGCUACUAAUUUGCGGUCGUUUUUAGCAGUACCCGUUGUGGUGAGAAAUAGUUGGGAGAACUUCUUAUCAAAAAAAAUUUUGGUCGACCUACUUCCCCGGUUACCAUUGUUAAGGGUUCUUUGUUUGAGUAAAAUAUGCAUAGAUGAGGUACCAGAGUCCGUUGGUGAUUUGAAGCAUCUGCGGUAUCUUAAUCUAUCUCAAACUCCAAUCAAACGUUUACCACGCAAUGUUUGUAAUCUUUAUAAUUUACAAACAUUGAUCUUGUAUGGUUGUGACAAGCUAAGGGAGUUGCCCGACAGCUUCUUGAACCUAAAAAAUUUACGACAUUUUGACAUUAGGGACACUCCGCUUUUAAAGAACAUGCCGAUGGGUGUUGGUGAGAUGAAAAGCCUACAAACUCUCUCCAAGAUUGAUAUUGGUGGAGAAAACGAGUUUCCAAUAAGCAGGCUAAAGAACUUGAAGAAUCUUCGCCGGAGAGUUUGCAUUUAUGGGCUAGACAAAUUAAAGAACAAUGAUCAAGUACAAGAGGUGAACCUAUCACAAAUGAGGCUUAGUGAGUUAGUGGUGCAAUGGAGUGAUGUGUGUGAUUGGUCUCUAAAGCAAAGACUUAAAACAGAGGUCCUAAGUGUGCUUAAGCCUCAUACUCAUAAUCUGAAAAAACUUGAAAUUAUGUCAUAUGGGGGCAUAGAUUUUCCAAAAUGGGUCACAGAUCCAUCAUUUAUAAGGUUGACAGAUGUUUCGAUUGACAAUUGUAGAAAUUGUAAAUUUCUGCCACCACUUGGGCAUAUGCCAUCACUGAAGAAGUUGUGUAUUGAAAGCAUGGAGGUGAAAGAGGUAGGUUCAGAGUUACUUGGGAAUGGUCCUAAAGCAUUCCCUUCACUUGAGAUUCUAAGCUUUAAAAAGAUGCCACGGUGGGAGGUAUGGUCAGUCAACGAUGUAUGUGGUGUAGUGUUUCCAUGCCUUAAAGAUCUUCGAGUAAGAAACUGUCCUAAUAUGGCACGAUGGGAAGUCUGGUCCACCAAUUCCGAUGUUGGACUGUUUCCAUGCCUUGAAAAGCUUUUGAUCUAUGACUGUCCUAAUUUGGUAAGAGUAUCACUUAAAGCAUUACCUUCAUUGAGGAAUUUAAAUGUAUUGAAUUGUGGUAAUGUUUUGUUGACAAGUCUAAUUGGUGUAGCUUCAUCAAUUACCAAGUUGAGUAUAUGCGGUAUAUCAGGACUUAAUGAUGAGAUGUGGUGGGGUGUUUUACAGUAUCUUGGGGGAGUUGAAGAAUUAAGCUUAUGUCAAUGUAAAGAAAUAAGAAAUUUGUGGGAUAUAAGUAGGUGCGAAAAAUUGGUGAGAAUGAAAGGAAAGAAAGAGGAGGAGAAAGAGAGCAACCUCUGCCUCCCGACAUCUCUUAGGAUGUUAAAGAUAUGGGAUUGUAAUAAUCUGAAGCAUUUGAGUUGUCCAAACAACACUAAAACCUUGGAGAUAAUCCGUUGCGAAAAUCUGGCAUAUUUAAGUUGUCCAGCUAAUAGCAUUCAAAAGCUGUAUAUGUAUGGUUGUAGUUCAAUUACAUCUGUGUCCUUCCAAACAGAUGGAGGCGGAAGAUGGCAAAGGCUCAAAUCCCUUUAUAUAAGGGGAUGUAACUCAGAAUUGGAGAAGGAGUUGGAAAAGCAGCUAAUAAUCAACAACUCCACAAACAUCAUGCCAGCUCUUGAAUUCUUAGGCAUACGCGAUUGGAAAGAUCUGAAAUCAAUGUUAUUUACAUGUUUCAUUCGGCUCAUGAAAUUGGAAAUACAUGACUGUGGGAGAAUAGAGUCAUUCCCUGAUUUGCAGGAUCUUGUGUCGUUAAAGCAUCUGAGCAUUUGGAAUUGUAAAGGUAUGGAUGGGCCUCCUCCUCCUCUCAGAAGAAGGGUUGUUGGAGGUGGGGUUUGGCCUCCCAAAUUGGAUUCCUUAGAAAUAGGGAAGUUGAAGAGACCCAUAUCAGAAUGGGGCCCACUCCCAGCCUCACUCAUUCAAGUAACUCUUUGGGGUGGAUUUGGAUCAAAAGAAGAAGAACACGUCAAGAGUUUCCCAGCCUCACUUCUUCCUUAUUCAUUAUCAUCAUCUCUAACUUCACUUGCAUUAGAUGAUUUUAAGAAGAUGGAAAGAAUAUCAGAGGGACUCCAACACCUCACAUCCCUUCAACAUCUCUCCAUUUCUAGCUGCCCAAAGAUGAAAGAUCUACCAGAAAUGUUGUUGCCUUCACUUUUGAGUUUGGAGAUAUAUAGUCCGCCAAAUGAAGAACUGAGAAAAAAGAUGAUGACUAGAAGUGGCUCCUAUUGGCCUCUUCUCUCCCAUAUUCCUCGCAUGGCUAUCCGGUUUUCAUAUGAGAGAGUUCAACUGCUGCAUCGUCAUGACAUCAAAAAUAAUGCUGGUGUCUACAUACAGUGAAUAGAGUAGUUUGUUUAUUGGAUCAAGACUUCCUAAUGGACAAUUGACAAUCAGAGCAACUGGUUAUUUUUGCCUCUUUUUUUCAGCUGAUUCUUCUUCUCCUUCUAAAAUUGAAUCAGAGCAACGGACCUGAGCAAGUCUUCUGACUAGAUCACUUUCUAUAAAUGGAAGUUCAUCCGGAGCUGCUCGUGUAAGCUUUUUAGCAACAUCGGGAGCUGUUUUAACCUGCAAAAAAAAGAUACAACAGAAUGGAUUAAAAUAACUGCUUGAUCUCUUUGGUAAGACUUUACAACUAAACUUUCAGAGAGACAACUGUUCAUACAGGUCAAUAAAUUUGAACUAGAGUUGCAAUUUUGACCCAUUUCAAUCUGUAUUGUUACUUUUAAAAUUUAUCUUGUAGUCAUGUGGCUAUAUAGUUCCCUUUCCGUAGUGUUCAAUCAUUUAUAAGCAAAGGUUGCUUCCUCACGAUGAAAAUACAUAUAUAUUGUGAUUACACAACCCACGGCAAAAAUGGACCCGUUUUCGCCCUUUUACUAAAACCAGCCCGACCCAACCAUGCUACUAAGAAAGCUAAAACAACAUCAUCAGACUUAGUGCUCCAACAUCAAUCAACUGUGAAAAGUUCUAUUUCAAGCCGGUAUCAUAGACAUUUUUCAUAGUCAGACAAAUCAUACUGUUGUAGAAUACUCGCUGGAGGUUUUAGAAAUCUCAGUAUCAUCAUCACUGUCACCAUCAUCAUUGUUGUCUACUUGUCUGCAUCAGGUAGCAUCGUCAUUCAAUGUGGCAGGAUCAAUAACCUUAUCCAGAUCAACCAACGUUAAUUUCAUUGAAGUUUUAUGCUUGUUCAUUUUCUUUCUGUAUUCAAAAUCCUUUACAGAUACCGGAUGUGGCGAUGUAGUAUGACUCUUAUCUUGGUUACUUUGUGUUUCUUUGUCAUCGGAUAUUGACAAUUCUUCCAUGAUAGCAUUCAUUGAUGUGAACUCCCAGUCAAUAGUUUCCUCUGUGCAACUUUCAACAAGAUACAGUGGAUUGCUUGGGUCAAUCACCUUUAAAAAGACUAGAGCAACACUGCUGGCCAUCUUGCGAACAAAAUGAGAAGGGCUCUCCAAUCUACCUGACAUCAUCAAACAAAAGGCUCAAAUGAAAAGAGUCCGAUAUCUGUCAUUAUCAAGUACGAGUAGAGGGAGAAAUAUGGGCUGGUCAGGAAAGCUGGGUAACGAGUUUAGUUUUGUGCCAAAUAUGAUCACAUCCAGUUCAAUAGUUACCUAAUUAUUAAAUUUACUAAUUUAGGAGGUUUUAUGCAUUGAAAUAGAUUUUGGCUGACUUUCAACCAGAUUGGCCCACUUGACUUGUUCCUUUUUAGUUAUUAAGCUAAUAUUUUUUUCCA